AUGUUAAUAUGUUCGUUGCUUAAGCAAAUUUCCAGUCUCCAAGCGAUUGGUUCUCUCCUGCCCAGCCAUGUACCUUUGAUUUUUCCCUUUCUCUCUCUUUCUCGAGGAACAGAUAUCUCGGCCGUUCAGCGAGCACCUAUUCAAGCUGAAUCCGAGCUUCUCACUGCUCUUGAUCGACUUAUUCUUUACCUGCGAAUCGUACAUUCAUUCGACUUUUAUGCACCAGCCGUCUAUUUUGAUGAACAAGACAUGCCUCAUCCUUGUGGUCUGAUUCAUGUUAGGCCGGCACUCAGAACCGAAACUGGCCCUGCUAUCACAGCUAAUGGGCGACCAGGGCUUACUCUUGAGCUGAUUGAGAAAGCUGCUCAUCAGGUAGAUAUUUCGUUUCCAAAACUUAUGAUUCUUAUUGUACAGCUGAUUGCUUUAACAACAAGUUAUUUCAUUAAUUUUUCCGUAAACCGUUUCAAUAAAAUAAAUGCUUUUGAACAGGGAGUAGUAAAGAGGACAAGAAGGGUUAAGGAUGAAAGUUAA